GUGGGAUGAAGCUACGACCAAGGUUCCUUCUAGGGAUCCCAAGAAGAAGGAUGAUAAGAAAGAGGAAGAUCUGGUAAGCACGAUCUCUUCGUAGUGGAGCUUCAUCGUUGUGCGAGUCGAUGUAGAUGUGGUUGAUCCGCUGGGUGUUGAAGUUUGACGAUCGGCGGAUCAGGCCGUGGACUUCGUAGCCUUUUUCGAGGAGGAACUCCGUCAGGUACGAUCCGUCUUGGCCGAUGAUUCCGGUGACCAGUGCUAUCUUCCUCGGCUGCGUCGGCAUUUCCGCGGCGGCGGAAUCGGAUCUGGAUCCGUUGCUUUAUAACGCCAUUAAUGGUUUUUGGAUCUGGGUUUCGCGGUGGCCCAUUAAAUAGGAUAGCAAAGGAGGUCAAAGCUUGAAGACGGGGAGGGUAUUUUGCUCAAUUUAAGCGUUAUUAUGGUCAAAUCAUCGUCGUGGGGUAUCUUCAUUUCAUUUCUGUCUGAUGCAGUUUGUUUACAUGUCUGAAGAGGACUUGCAACUGAAGCAGAACCUGGAGCUCUAUGUUGAGAGGGUUCAAGACCCUAAUCCUGAACUGCAGAAGACUGCUCUCGAAAGCAUGAGGCAGGAGAUCCGUGCCUCAACAAGCUCCAUGACGUCGGUUCCAACACCCCUCAAGUUUCUCCAUCCUCACUAUGGAACUCUUAAGGAGUUUCAUAAAAAUAUGGUGGAGUCCGAUUUCAAGAAAUUUCUGGCUGAUGUACUAUGUCUGUCUUGGCACUGACCAUGUCUGCUGAGGGUCAAAGGGAAAGCUUAGGAUACAGGUUGACUGGAUCAGAGGGUGACAUCGGAUCUUGGGGUCACGAGUUUGUCAGGAAUUUGGCCGGUUAGAUUGCAGAAGAGUAUACAGUUCGUCAGUGAAAGAAUAGUAUGCAAUCACUCUUUGGAGCUAGACAUCGUUCCUUUGAUGAAUUGUCGAGAAUGUCACUGACCUACUUAGACAUCACAGAUUGCUACAUGUUAGACCGGAUGCCAAAGGGUUGUGCAGGGGAGCCUCAGUUGUACAAUGUUAAUAUUACUCUUAAAAUCUGGCUUUAUCUUACAGUUUCAAGUUUUUUUUUUUUGUUUGUGCAGGGGAGCCUCAGUCAGGACUCUAGGGCAAAAUAUUGGAGCCAAAGAUACAGCCUCAAGGAGACUUCCAGAAAAUUUUAGUAAAUAGUUAAUCUUGAUGAAGCUACGGUGAAAGUUACCUCAAGGUGUGGAAGUAAUUCUAGAUCUAGAUGAAGCUACAGUGAAAGAGAUGAGAAAGCAAGAGGAGAUUUCUAAAGCCAAGCUAGCCAUGGAAAGGAAAAAGAAGCUGGCAGAGAAAGCCACUGCUAAAGCUGCCAUAAGAGCUCAAAAGGAAGCUGAGAAGAAAGAACAAAAGGAGCGAGAGAAAGCGGCCAAGAAGAAGACAGGAGGCAGCAACGCAUACGAGGCCAUCUCUGAGGAAUUUCCAGAAGCUUCUGAGGCUGAGAAGGAGGAGAUUGAAGCUCCAGUGGAGGAGAAACCAAAGAAGGAAAAGAAAGUGUUGAAGGAGAAGCCAAUAAGGAACAGGAUCCGCAAUAGAGGAGGACCGGAAACACUCCCGAGACCAAUGCUCAAGCGUAAGAAGCAGACUAACUACAUGGUUUGGGCUGCUCCAGCUGCUGUUGUGGUACUAAUGCUUCUUGACUUGGGUUACUACUACGUUUUCUAGAUCAAGGGAAGCUGCGUUUGCUGUAGUUUGGGUUUUUUUAAAGCUUUCUUUUGAGGAUGAGACUCUUUAAAACUUAUGUCUCAUUUACAUACUAAAUAGAGACUCUUCCCUUUUUAAAUACUUUUUUACAUUUCAGUUAUGUAUAUAUAAAUCCAAAAAUAGAAAAUGGUAGUUAAUUAAAAGGUUAAAAUUUUAAAAACAA